AUGAAGAGAGAGGCUCCUUUUUCUGCCAGUGAACCACUCAUCUAUCCAAGAAUAGAAACCUUGGAUCAAGUGAUUGAAAAUAUCGGAACAACAAGGGGAUUUGUCAUUCAAUCGAAUAAUGACUUUACAUUUGUGAGUUAUAAAGUGGUGUCAAGUGAUAGUUUCCCCUUCAUUCCUCAUCUCAUUGAUGAGAAUACAAAACAGUUGAAUAUUAAUUUGGAUUCCUAUGAGGAAAUUGAAAGAAGGUUGUUGAGAAGAGAAAUUCGUGGACUGUGCUUUGAUAGAGAAAGUAGGAGAAUUGUUGGUCGUUCCAUGCCAAAAUUCUUCAAUGUGGAUGAAAAGGAAGAAACCAAUUUUAAAAUUAUUGAAAAAUUGAUCAGUGAAUUGAAAAAGAAAACUGGAAAGGAGAGACCUUUCACAUUAUUGGAAAAAUUGGAUGGUAGUUUGUGCACUCCUAUCAUUGAAUUUUUGAAGGAUGAUUCUGGAGAGAAGAAACAUUUCAGAUUGAGGUUUAGAACCAAGUUGGACUAUCAGAAUGAUCACUCUCAAUCCAUUGAGGAAUUUGUAUAUGAAUUGGAAAAAUUGAAUCUUGUAAAGGGGCAAUCGAGUGAUGUUUCAGAACAAGAUGAGAUCAACAGGGAAUAUCAUGAGAAGAGAAAGAAAUUACACGAAUCCAAGCUUCCACUCUUUGCAAUUGAAUCUGUCAAGGAUGGAAGAGAAUGUGAAUCAACUAGAGACAUACCGUUUGUAAUUGAUUUUGGAAUGCAUUCAUUGGAGGAUCAAUUGAAAGAUAAGGGAUCAUACGCCCAAUUAGUGAAAUUUUGUGUCGAGUGGAUGAAUAGAGGUUACACACCACUAUUCGAAUAUUUUUCACCUGAUCACAGAGUUGUUGUAAAUUACGGAAAUAAGCCAUUCAUUUCAUUGCUCGCCUUGAGACAUACAAUUUUGGGAUCAUUCAUUCCGUACGAAGAAAUGAAAAGUUCUUGUAAAGGGUAUGGAAUUGAAUGUGUCAAAUCUUGUGAAAAUCCAGAAAUCAUCUCACAAACAGAUAUGAAAGGAAUUAAGAAAGCAAUAGAGGAUGAGAAGGGUCAUGAAGGAUAUGUCAUGGUUUUAUCAAAUGGGUACAUGUACAAAAUCAAAUCUGAUUGGUAUUUGAACAUUCACAAGACCAAUGAAAUGUUAAUUACCGAAUCGAUGAGAGAAGGCAGAAUUUGGUUCAUGAUUUUCGAUAACAAACUAGAUGAUGUCCUUCCACACGUGCAUUCUCUCGAUCACAAAGCCAGAUUAGAGGAAUUCAACGAUAAGGUUCUCUAUCACUUGAACAGGACAAUCGACUACAUGAUGAGCUUGGUCAAGAAGAUUGAGAUGGCCAUGAAGGAUUCAGAAGAGAAAAAUACCAACAUUCUCUUUGUUAAUAUUGCUAAGGAGGUUUGUAAGAAUGAAAAGACAUCCUACUUUCUCAAUGCCAUUCUCAAGUGUAGAGGUUUAUUGGAAAAGAAGAAAUCAAAUAGUGAAACAGUACCACCAUUGGAAACACAAGAUUCUGAGGUUGCAUCCGUGCUGUUGGAGGUAUUUAUUGGCUACAUGAAACCACUACUCAAGAAGAUUGAAACUGUAAGGGAAGCAAUCACAUUCCAUGUUGGCUUAUUGGAAAAUGAUAAUUCCACCAAAUAUUCAUACAAUUCUCAAGAGGAGGCCAUCAAGGAUUUGAUUCUCUUCAAUUCUAACAAUCAUUCCAAUGCAUCCUCCUCAUCCCUCUUGGAAGAUGAAGAAGUUUAAAGAAUUAUCAUAAAUAAUGGUAUUAGUUAAGCAAAGAAAAAUAUUCCCGCCAAAAUCAAACGCGCCAAACAGUCGUUAAAUUCACAAAUUUAAAAUAAAAAAAAAUGUUACCACC